AUGUCCAUUUAUUACUUUGCAAUUGUAGGGGCAACCGAUAACCCCAUUUAUGAGACUGACAUUAUACCAUCAUCACGGUCUUCCUCGUUAAUUGACAGUAGUAGGCACUUGAACCAGUUUAUAGUUCAUGCGGCACUGGAUGUCGUAGAAGAAGUGCAGUGGGGUACACAAGCCAUGUACCUGAAAUCCGUGGAUCGCUUUAACGAGCAAUACGUGUCGGCUUUUGUUACUGCCAACAAUGUCAAAUUCAUGCUCCUACACGACCAGAAAUCUGAAGAUAGCAUCAAGAACUUUUUUAACGAAGUAUAUGAAGUAUACGUCAAGAUCUUGAUGAACCCGUUUUACGAGAAAAACUCGGCCAUCACAAACCCACAAUUCGAUAAUCGCGUCAAACUAGUCGCACGACGAUUUCUUUAG